GGUUCUAUUUACUCUGUGAAAUGAAGAACAUUUUUGGACGAUGGUUGUCUACGGUUAACUAUUUUUGCAUCCCUCAAUUUUCUGGGAGAAAAAGAAAAUAUGUCUAUCCCUUACAGUGGAACUGUACGAAGAUCAGGGGGUGUAGUAUCAGCAAUUGCGAAACAACUCAGGGGUGUAAAUCUUAAGGCAGCUAAAAGAAUCACCGUCAAAUUUGAUCCCUUUAGUGAUAAUGUUGGUCAUACAAGGAAUUUUCUUCAUCUUAUAAGCUCUCCAAAAAUUGCUGUUACAAAUCCAAAUUGUUCUCUUAAAACUGAGGUAGUGUGUGAUCGUAGUGAACCAACAAUUAAUAUAUCAAUUGCUCCUUUAAUAACAGAAACAGCUAAAGUGAAAAACGUAGUAAUAAAAAGUGGUAACCUUACAUGCUUAGAAAUUUUACAAUUAUUAAAUAAGCACAUCUCCUCACUUGCACCAGUUGAACAAGUAUCUUCAGUUGUGCAAACUAAAUCUGAGAAAAAGAAAACAAAAAAGAAGUAAGCAACAUGGUACGCUCUAACAAAGGCAACCUGCAUGUUGUAGAAGAAUUGUACAAUCAAAUACCAGCAUUUACUGAUGUUUUUUCAGAAGAUACAUUUUACAUAUUUGUGGUAUUUUUUGUUUUAUCAACAAUACUGGUUGCUUUUAUUUUGUCAAGAUUUAUCACUAUUAAACCUGUAGAGUAGCUUUUAAGUAAUUAAAUUAGAAUGUAUAAGUGAA